AUGUCUACACAUGAGGCAAAAUCUACUACAGAUUCCACAGAGGCGGAUAAGAGGAGAAGAAGAGGGGGAAUCAAACCAAAAAGCCAAGUGACAGAAGCAAUAGGAUCUGCACCAAAGAAUAAAAAAUAUGUUGAGAAUCCAAGAUCUACUCAUGAGAUAGCGUCUACACUAAAUGGUGUGAAAGGUGGUAAGAAGAAGAGUGGGAAGGGCAAAAAGCAUCAAGAACUUAAACUUACCAAGAAACCAAAUUUUCCAGUGAAGGCCAAGGAGGAUUCCCGAGUUGUGAAAAGAACUUCAGGACUAGAGAGAACGAAUCGAGUGAGUCAAAGUGUAAAGGGAAAGGAAGACGCAAUUAGCAUCGACAAGGGGGCACAUACAGUUUCGAAAUCUGCAAAGUUUGAAAAUAAUAAACAGAAAAAAGGGAAAACUAGAAAGUCAAAGCUACCAAAAUCUGAUAAGCAGUCAGAUAUUUCUCAAACUGACAACAGAGAAGUCCAUAAAGAUUCUUUCAAAGUAUCUUCUUCUGGUGCACCUAGUUCUUUGGAAUUAGCACCCGUCCUGGACCUUGGAAUUGGCGUUUACGAUGUAUUGGAAUUUUACUGUGACGAAUGUCCUGUUGAGUUAAACCAUUUUGACGCUGCAAGUGCUCAUAUCAUCGAUUUUGGCCAUAAAAAUAUGUCCGUCGUCUAUGGUGGGUUGAAUGACGCAAUUAAAUGUCAAUCCUGUGGUGAGGCUGAUCUCAAUAAUUUGAAUUCAGUCUUACUUGAAAGCAAUAAUGUGGGGUUGUGCUGUAGUUCCUGUUUGACUGGGUCUGGGUUUGAUCCAUUGAUUUACUCAUUUGCGUCUAAGGACAAACUUCUGAGAUAUGUCGAUAAUAUGUAUCGUUUGAACAGCUUAAAAUGCUUUCGAUGUGGUUCAAGGAAAAACUUGGGAAUCAACCAGGAUAAGAUACCAUGUUGUGCCAAAUGUAUUUUGAAAGAUGCAGAUCUGAGAAAGCAAAAGUUUGUAAAGAGACAUGAGGCCAGUUUCCUUUCUACGCUUUUUGAAGAUCCAACCUAUGAAGAGUUCAAAAAUAUUAUUGUUUCAACUGGUCCUUGCAAUGACCCCAAAUCAUCACCAGUGAAAAAAUUGGGUGCUAGAGAUAUGACGCCCAGUUUUGAUACUUUAACACAAUCAAAUAAACCAGACAAAAGGGAAAAGGAAAAUAGAAACAAGGGUGAUCUACCCAGCGAAAUUUCCGGUGGAAAUAUUUCUGACAUGUCAGCUGAAAAUGAUUUAGAUGACAAUUCCGCAUCAAAACCUCGAAAGGAGAAGAAGGUUAAGAAAACAACAUCGAUGUCUUCGAGUCUUCCCGAGGAAAAAAAUAGUGCUUUUAUUUCAACUCAACAAAGCGAAAAAACUGGCUCCACGCAAAGUUCAGGAGAUCGGAAAAGGUCCGAAAAGAAGAAGGACAAGAAAAGCAAAAAGAAUGAGAAUGCAAAAAUGAAUAAAGAUGGUUUGAAGAAAUCCUCUAAGCUCGAUCUGAAAUCAAGUAUACCAUCUCCAAUAUCGAAAGAGUUACUAAAGGAUCUCACACCAGAUGAAUUAAGAGUUGAGGACAAGUUUGAAAAACUUAAAAAAAUUAUAAAAAAUACACUGCCGGGUGCUAUCAAAUUGCAAUUUGAUAGUAUUAACGAAUAUUAUAGCUAUCUAACUUACAGUUUGCUCUUAGAGGAACUGUUUCAAGUUGACAUUUGUACCGAUGUCAAAUUCGAAUGGAAAGAUAAGGAGUUUUGUUCUAUGAAUGGAUCCACUCAAAAAUGGUUUCAAAUGUAUGUGAAUGAUGAUAUAAAGCAUCUUAAAAAGCAUCCUUUUGUUAGAGAUCAACCCAUUUUCAUCUUGAGGAAAUCCGAUGUUAAUUUGAAUUGGUCAGAAAAACCCGAGUUCUGGGUCGCUCAUGUUGCCGGAAGUACUUUAGCAAAGGUUGAUAAACGGGGUAGACAAAUUAAGGUCAGAGCUAGAAAACAUGCCGUUGCCAAAAAGGACAACCAGGCAUCCUCCUUUAAUUUAAGGCUAUAUCCGUGGAACAGCUCUACUUUCCCGAUAAAUGAAAAAGGUGAUCAAUUUGCAUUUGUUCCAGGGUCUAAUGUUUUGGGUAGAAUUUUGAACUCCAUGAAUCAAAUCGAGAAUAAGGAAUUUAUCAACUUAAUUCUGGGUAAAAGUAAGGUCAAGAGGAUAAAUUUUAAUAAUAGAAUUCACAAAUAUUUUAAUAAUUUGAAUGAAUCCCAAAAGGAUGCACUACAGUCCGCCUUUAAUAACUCAGUUACAAUAUUACAAGGUCCGCCUGGUUCAGGUAAAACUUCGACGAUUCAUGAAAUUAUCCUUCAGUUGCUUGAAAAUCUUCACUAUUAUCCAAUCCUAGUUGUUGCUGCGUCAAACCUAGCCGUUGAUAACAUUGCAGAAAAAUUGAUGCCCAAGUACAAGGAUAUUAUUUUGCGUAUUACAUCCUUGUCCAAGGAGAGAGAAUAUAAUAUGGAGCACCCAUUAGGUGAAGUGUGUCUACACAAUAAGAUCUCUGGAAUUUUGCCUUCAAACUUAAAAGAUAUUGAAAUGCGAGUAAAGAGGGACCCUGGUAGUGUUUCAUCGUCUGAAUUUUCCAAAUAUUUGGAUGGAUGUUCUAAAUACGGCGAGCAGUUAGUCAAGCAGGCUAACAUUAUAUUUGCAACAACCGCAGGUAUAGCAGGUCCAUAUUUAAAGAAUGUUAAAAGUAUGCCAGUGAUUAUAAUGGAUGAAGCAACGCAGUCGUCGGAACCGUCGACUUUAAUACCACUAGGUGCUAAAGGUUGUAAAAAGGUCAUUUUGGUUGGUGACACUGCUCAACUAAGUGUUUUUACUAGAGUAAAAAGCUUGGAAAUGUCUUUGUUUCAGAGAGUUUUGGAAAACGGUACCUACGAUGAUCCUUAUAUGCUUGAUACUCAGUACAGAAUGCAUCCGGAUAUUUCAGAGUUUUCAAGAAGGGAAUUUUAUGACAACAAGUUGAAGGAUGGUAUAACUGCAGAACAAAGAAAGAAACCGACAAUUAAGUAUCCUGUUUUCUUCCUAGAUCACAAAGGAGUUGGUGCAUUAGAAGGCAAAAAAUUUUCCAUAUCCGGAGAAGAGUUUGGAUUUUCUUGGGUUAAUAUAAAGGAAGUCCAGUACAUUGAAAGAAUGGUUGAAAAGCUUAUUGUAGAUCAUCAAGUUGCGCCUUCUUCCAUUGGAGUUAUGACAGGUUAUGCUGCACAAAGAGACCUCAUUGUUAAUGCACUUGAGAAAAACUCAGUAAUCAACCCUUAUAGAUCCAAGAUUACUAGAACAGUCGAUAAGGAAGAUUUAAGUGAAAAGAAGAAUGUUACGGUGUGUAAUGUUAACGGGAUUGUUGUUGCUACUAUCGAUGCCUUUCAAGGUAGAGAAAUGGACUUUGUUCUGCUUUCCACAGUGAGGUCCAACGUACAUGGUAAUAUAGGUUUUAUGUCUGAUAAGAGAAGGAUGAAUGUUGCUUUGACCAGAGCAAAGUAUAGCUUUAUUAUAUGUGGUAAUGCUGAUUGCCUAUCCUCCAAUAUGUUAUGGAAUAAAUAUAUAGGCGACCUCAGAAGCAAGAAUUAUGUUAAGACUUCUAUUAACGACUACUAG